AUUGCCUCGAGCAGCUGUUUAAUUUUGUUUAUAUUGUUUGCCGAUUUUCCCUAAAAGUGAUAAUCGCUAUAUUCUUUUCAACGAAAAAUACGUGAUAUUCUAAUUACCAAUUACUAGAACCAUGGAGUAGAUUAGGAAGAAGUCGUAGGUUUUAACAGUCACAAGGUUGGCUACAAAUAGACAGUAACAAAGUAGUUCAUCACAAAAAGAUUUAUACGCCGAGAUUAGUUAUGCAGUAUGAAGAUUUUGUGUGGCUGCGAAUGUAAAUAAUAUUGGAAGAAAAUGUGACUAGGUAGUAUCGCGACUAUAUAAGAAGCACUGCUAAUACCUCAUAAGCGGUAUUCGAAUUCCCGACGCGAUCUACAAGAGGAACAUGCUCAGCGCAUAUAUUUACUUGCUCAACACGUCAGCUGCAUCUACAGUGUACAUCGCGCCAUCUAUUCAUACCAAACCAGAGUAAUGUAGCAGAGCUACAUACAAGCGAUACUGAUAACGUCCAGGCUACACAACAUGUUCAUUCGAUGCAGAUUGGUCCAAAUGAGGUAACCAUAGUUUCAAAUUUACACGCCGCGUUCGAAACAGCUGCAGAUCAGCUACCAUCGGAGAAGGAAGACGAAUCGGAAGCAGAGAUACCCAACGAUGAGCCAACAAUUCCAAAUGAUGAGCCUGUGGAUAUGAACAAAGAAAACCAAUCUCCGAAUACUUCUGGAAAGCGAGGCCAAGAAGUGCACUCCGGCUACCAAGUAACCAAAAGACCAGCGUCAAAUGAUAUGAAGUUCAGAGCAUUUGAAAUCAAAUGGGAUAAAGUAAGCGAUAACACUAUAUCAAAGUUAAAUAAACUACAGGAGUACAAGCUGAAACACUUACUAAGCAGGAGACUUGUGGACUGGCGAAUUGCAUUGUUGAUCAGCUUAGGGCCAUCGACACCAAUAUUCAUGCUAGUAUCAUGGAAUCGGUCGCCAAAGAUAUUUUGCGUAAAUAUCCUUGUCUGGAAAUCAUUGACGAUGACGGAUAUGGAGAUGGCUUGAGUUAUGUGGUAUUCAAACACAAAUUAAUCAACCACAACUCCUACCUCAAUCGCUUCAAAGAAAUCAAUACGCCUUCCCCGAUUCAAGCUAAUAAGACAAGGAACGUUAGAGCGGGAACAUCGAAAGAGUACUGGAUCAAGAAGACAUCAGAAUGUACUAAAGACAUUCUAGCCAAACUUCGGAGAGACGAGCCUGGUUUAUUGACAUGUGAAUGUCUUGAAUCAUCUCAGGCAUUCAUCAGGUACCGCUUGGAUGAGCAUCAGAAUCUCAAAACAUUGCUGCUUGAAAUGCCAGUAUUACGCAGAAGACAGCUGUUGUAUUACCACUUUAAAGCGGCCACUGGUACCAAUAUUGAAACACUUCGUGCAUUUUUCUCUUCGAAGCGGAUUAAAAUCAUCGAAUAUUCUGCAGCAGUUGUUGAGCCUGGAAAACUCCUUGAAUCCUGCUCCGACAUUGAUGUUUUUCGUUUCAUGGCUUCAAUGGUUGGUGAAAAUGUGGAUGCCCUUGUUUUGAAGAAAGAGGUGGGCACACGAAUGGAGGAUAUUAAUUGCCUAGUAGCUGGUCCGGUUCUGAUCGCGAUCGAUAUGGGUAAUGCAAAUACCAUGUAUUAUGUUUAUGCUGAACAAACACGUCUUUCGGAGGGUACUGAAGAUUUUGUCGGCGCCGUACAAGACCUACUGAGUGUACACUAUGUCUAUAACUUCAUGUACUUGAAAGAAGCAUCAAAGUUGCUUGAAUUAGUACAACAGUAUUUUUUGAAAAUAAUACCUAGUAAGGGAUCCAAAUCAUCAGCGAGUCGGGUUGGACCAAUCCAGCGAGUGGUUAAAAAAGUGAUUGAGACGCUUUCUUUGUAUGACGCAGCGCAGCCUGGUCCUUCUCGUGUGAAUCAGAAUGUUGUAGGUUAAAGCGUUUUACUUUUUUUCAUUUGAAAACGACUUCUUUAGUAUUUGAUCAUCGAUUUUUCAAGAAAAAACGAACGGUUGUGAAAAGGUUGCAUUUGGUAUUACAUUAAAAUAGUUAAGAAAUGUCGAGUACACUGGUACUGGUAAAAUUCCACAAUGCGCAAGCAUUUUAACAUAAUGGUAGUCGUAAGAAGAUUUCGAGAAAGGUGCGUAAAGAAUAAUCUAGUUGGUAACAUGUGUGCUGAAAGCGAAAAGGUGGCAUAUAACUUUUAGUAUGUAAGCAAAGAAAAAAAAUACGCUGAGAAUGAUUACAAUGUAUCUACUUUGAUAUUUUCA